CCAAUAUCUGGGUCCAAAUCCGUGCCAAUGUCUGGGUCCACCCCCGAGCCAAUGUCUGGAUCCAUCUCCUAGCGAAUAUCUGGGUCCACCUCCGAGCCAAUAUCUGGGUCCACCUCCGAGCCAAUAUCUGGGUCCACCUCCGAGCCAAUGUCUGGGUCCACCUCAGAGCCAAUAUCUGGGUCCACCUCCGAGCCGAUAUCUGGGUCCACCUCCGAGCCAAUAUCUGGGUUCACCUCCGAGCCAAUAUCUAGGUCCACCUCCGAGUCAAUAUCUGGGUCCGCCUCUGAGCCAAUGUCUGGGUUCACCUCCGAGCCAAUAUCUAGGUCCACCUCCGAGCCAAUAUCUGGAUCCACCUCCGAGCCAAUAUCUGGGUCCACCUCUGAGCCAAUCUGUAACAGCUGCAGCAGACGCAUGUGGUGUCACGUCACUGUGUGUAGCAGACAUGAGCUCCAAUGUCUGUAGUUGA